AUGCCACCCUUCACCCUAACCGGAGCGCACACCCGCCCAAAAUUCCACACCAUAGCCCUACUCAUCCAAAAAGCCAACCGCACACCCUACCGCCCCUUCGUCGCCAUCCAAACACCCUCCGCCCCGGAUCUCCCCACCGCGCUCACCCUCUCCCAAGACUGUCACUGGAUCACUGUUCAGGAUAGUGAAACUAAAGAAGUUGUCGGCGCGGCGAAUUGGCUGGCCGAGGAUGAGUUGGAUGAGGAGGGGGUGUUCCUCAAUAUCCUAGCUACGCAUCCUUCCUACCGUCGUCAAGGCGUAGCAAGUCUCUUGAUGCAAUUUGGAGAGGAAAAAGCUAAAGAAUUCAAUCUGGAAUGCUGGAGCGAAGCAGGAAGAGAAGGAGCAAGAUUCCUACUCGAGAAACAUGGUUGGAGACCCUUACUUAAAUAUUGUAUUUAUGGAACCAAGGAGAACAUGAGUGAGGAGUGGCAGGAAUUAUGUCAUAAGUGUUUACCGCAGGAACAGUAUGCUAUGUGGAAACCAAAAGGAGGCGUGUGGACGGAUGAUACGGUUUUUCCAUGGGAUUUGGGGGUAGAGAAUUAA